AUGGAGACGUUAAAGGCCGUAUUCUUUGGGCCUGACCCUCAAGCUCAGAUGAGAAAAUGCAAUGCUCUCAUCCGCGCAAAUACACGACAACUUGAUCGAGAUCUCAUGCAGCUCAAGACCCUCGAUAGCAAGACCCGACAACAUAUUAUCAAUGCCUCCAAGCGAGCCGAGCGAAACCCAUCCCAGGCUAAACAAGCUAUAAGCGAAACGAAGACAUUUGCCCGAGAACUAGUGCGCAUCCGAAAGCAAUCAUCUCGGUUGAAUACAAGUCGAGCACAGUUGCAGAGUGUUGGAAUGCAAGUCAACGAGGCCUUUUCCGUUCGCAAAAUCCAAGGCAGUCUGCAGAAGUCGACGGCCAUCAUGAAAGAUGUGAAUACGUUAGUCCGAAUGCCUGAGCUACAAAGUACGAUGUUCCAACUAUCUACGGAGUUGGUCAGGGCUGGAAUCAUCGAUGAGAUAGUGGAGGAUGCCAUGCCUGUUGAUAACCUUCUAGAAGAGGAAGAAGAUGAGGCUGAGGCUGAGGUGGACAAGGUUCUGCAAGAAAUCCUGCAGGGCAAGCUCUCUCAGGCACCAGCCAAACCCGAAUCACCUGUCGAGGAAGCCCCAGUGGCCGAGCCCGAAUUUGGGGAUCAGGAAGCGACUCUCGACGAGAUGCGGAAUCGAUUGGAGGCUUUGAAGAGUUGA